AUGGCUCAUUCUUCAUUUCCAGUUGAAAUAAAUGUGUUCUCUUGUGGAAAGGAUUUUUAUUCCCAGCUCAGUUGUCACAUCGCUUCUCAUGGUUUCAUCGUCGUCGUUCCCCAGUUAUAUGAAGGAUUACUUAUAGGAUUUGAUGCGGAUGUAGACGUCGAGUCUGCAGCUGAAAUAACCAACUGGCUACCUGAGGGACUUCAACAGGUCCUUCCAUCUCAAGUGAAAGCAAACCUAACAAAGAUAGGACUGGCUGGCCAUAGUCGUGGAGGAAAAGCCGCAUUUUCCCUUCUUCUAAAUCGACUUAACACCAAGUUAAAUUUGAAAUUUUCUGCAUUGAUUGGAAUCGAUCCUGUUGAUGGAUUGGACAAAUGGAAGCAAACUCAACCAAAGGUGCUCACUUAUGUUCCACAUUCGUUUGAUCUUGAAAUACCAGUGAUGGUUAUUGGUUCAGGUCUUGGUGAAUUCCCGAUAAUCCCGAUCUGGCCGUUCAGACCUUGCGCACCAGAAGAGACGACAGGGCUGAUAGGGGCCGAUACUAAUUGUAUGUGUAAGAGUGGGAAGACUAGGGAUCCUAUGAGGAUAUUUGUUGGAGGGGCUGUGGUUACUUUCUUGAAAGCUUCUUUUGAUCGAGAUUUUAGUUAUUUAAUGGCCUUAAAAGAUGAUAAAAGGUCACCUGUUUCACUCCAGACGGUUGACUUCAUGCUUUGA